GGGUCCAGGAUGAAGCAGGUUCGGCAGCAGCAUCUCCGGAAGCCAGUGCCACCAGAUCUCCUGGUAAGCCCCAGCAGCCAGGAUGGGGACCUGGGCUCCGAGUGCCCAGAGGACAGAGGGAACUGGACAGGGCGGCUGGAUUUCCUCCUCUCCUGCAUCGGAUACUGCGUGGGCCUUGGAAACGUCUGGAGGUUCCCCUACAGGGCUUACACCAAUGGAGGAGGAGCUUUCUUGGUUCCUUACUUCAUCAUGCUGGCUAUCUGUGGGAUCCCUAUCUUCUUCAUGGAGCUGUCACUUGGCCAGUUCUCCAGCCUAGGGCCACUUGCAGUCUGGAAGAUCAGCCCUCUCUUUAAAGGCGUUGGCAUGGGCACGAUCCUCAUCGUCUCCUUGGUGGCCAUUUACUACAAUAUGAUCAUUGCUUACGUUCUCUUCUACCUCUUUGCAUCCCUCACAAGCGACUUGCCCUGGCAGCACUGUGGCAACUGGUGGAACACUGACCUGUGCCUGGACCACCACGUCCUCAAGGCGGGGAACAGCUCCCUCCCCGUCAACAUCAGCAACACCGUCAGCCCCAGCGAGGAGUACUGGAGCCGGUAUGUCCUGCACAUCCAAGGAAGCUCAGGGAUUGGGGAUCCUGGGAGGAUCCGCUGGAACUUGUGUCUGUGCCUGCUCCUUUCUUGGACUAUUGUUUAUCUGUGCAUCCUUAAGGGAGUCAAAUCCUCUGGCAAGGUCGUGUACUUCACUGCCACCUUCCCAUACCUCAUCCUGGUGAUGCUGCUCAUCCGUGGUGUGACCCUGGAGGGGGCCUGGAAGGGUAUUCAAUUUUACCUCACUCCCCAGUUUGAUCACUUGCUGUCCUCCAAGGUGUGGAUUGAGGCAGCCCUGCAGAUUUUCUACUCCCUUGGGGUGGGCUUUGGGGGCCUCCUCACCUUCGCCUCGUACAACACCUUCCAUCAGAAUAUCUACAGGGACACCUUCAUAGUGACCCUGGGCAAUGCCAUCACCAGCAUCCUGGCAGGGUUUGCCAUCUUCUCCGUUUUGGGAUACAUGUCCCAGGAGCUUGGGGUCCCUGUUAACCAGGUGGCAAAAGCAGGUCCUGGUCUGGCUUUUGUGGUGUACCCCCAGGCCAUGACAAUGCUCCCCCUUUCUCCAUUCUGGUCAUUCCUGUUCUUCUUCAUGCUGCUAACCUUGGGCCUGGACAGCCAGUUUGCAUUCAUGGAGACCAUUGUCACGGCAGUGACAGAUGAGUUCCCCUACUACCUGCGGCCCAAGAAAGCUUCCUUCUCAGCUGCCAUCUGCAUCGCCCUCUUCCUCAUGGGGCUCAUCCUCACAACAGAGGGUGGGAUGUACUGGCUGGUCCUGCUGGAUGACUACAGUGCUGGCUUUGGUCUCAUGGUGGUGGUGAUCACUACCUGCCUUGUGGUGACACGUGUCUAUGGCAUGAAGAGGUUCUGCCGAGAUAUCCACAUGAUGCUGGGAUUCAAACCAGGCCCCUACUUCAGAGCUUGCUGGAUGGUCCUAUCCCCGGCAACGAUGAUGGCUCUGCUGGUGUAUAACAUUGUCAAGUACCAGCCUUCUGAGUAUGGCAACUACCGCUUCCCCACCUGGGCAGAGGUCUUGGGCAUCCUCAUGGGAGUCCUCUCCUGCCUGAUGAUUCCCAUGGGCAUGGUGGUGGCUGUGCUCCAAGAAGAAGGGACGCUGUGGGAGCGAGUGCAGCAAGCCAGCCGGCCGGCCAUGGACUGGGGCCCGUCCCUGGAGGAGAACCGCAGCGGCAUGUACGUGGCCAGCCUGGCUGGCAGCCAGUCCCCCAAGCCCCUGAUGGUCCACAUGCGGAAAUACGGGGGCAUCACCAGCUACGAGAACACGGCCAUCGAGGUGGACCGCGAGAUGGAGGAGGAGGACGAGGAGGAGUCCAUGAUAUGA